AUUUUCACAUUUUAGUGGACUAUGAAACUGCAAACCUAACAGCCAACAUGCCAGAGGUGGAGCUGAGGUGUACUCUGUCGGGGAUAGGGCCUGCAACUGUCUUUGAGUUUGAGUGGAAGGGGCCUGAUGGUAAAUUGCUUGAGGGCGACCGCUUCAAGAACUUCCAUGGAAAUGGAACCCUCGUCAUUAACAAGCCUACUCGUGCUGACAUGGGGGAGUACCAUUGUACAGUAGUGUUCAACCCAAAGAAUGAGAAGGAGAAGCACUCAAUCACACCAAAACCAGUCUUCCUCUAUGCUGGGCCUGCUAUAGUAAGCAACGACAACAACAAGAACAUGGUAGAAGGUGACAAGCUGGAAUUGAAAUGUGAGGUGACAGGCUACCCAACCCCCACCAUCGGCUGGUACAAGGGUGACCAAGUGCUCAACACCACCAUCACGAUCCAGUUUGACAAAUACAAGGGCAUUGACAAUGGCAAAUUAGUCAUCUUCGAGCUUGGCUAUGAUGACGCUGGCAAGUACAAGUGUGAGGCCAUGAAUGACUAUGAACCAUUCAUAGUAGAAGCCGUGAUGGAGGUCCGAGUUAAAGACAAGUUGGCUGCCCUGUGGCCAUUCCUUGGCAUUGUUGCUGAAGUUGUGAUCCUGUGUGUGAUCAUCCUUGUAUACGAGAAGCGUCGCAGCAAGAAACUCGCAGAGGAGGAUGAAACUGAUGGACCUACGGAGAACACAGUUGACCACAAGGAUGUCCGCCAUAGAAGGACUUAGACAUUGAAACAACAACUCUCAGAUAUCUUGAAACAUUUCCAAUUCCUCAGACCUAUUGUCAACACUGCGAGCAAUCCACAACUGCAAGAACACUUCAUUGAUCUCUGUCUGAACAAGCAGAGAGGCAUUGUGUCAAAUUUCUCGGAUUUAUCCAGUUGUUAGUAGUGUUGAUGCAGUCGUCUUACUAUCAAUAUUUUGUAUAUUCAGUUUAAAUUACUUACCAUAUUAACGAACUUAUUCAAAUUUUUGUGGAGAUCUCAUUAACAGCUACCUUCUUAAUUAUUGAAUUUGUAAUUAAUACUAAAACCCAUGAGCAAACGUAUUCUUUGUGUUUGUUCUAUAUUUAAGAAUUUAGCACUUAAUUGGUAAACACAAACAUAAUGCGGGUUUCAUAAACUGCUACAUAGUGCAGAGUUGCCAUAAAAAGUGCACUACACAAAAACUUGUGUAUAUGUUAGUAGUCUCACCAGCUGUGUGAGCAAAUUUAAUGUUUUAGGGCCUGCAAAUAUCUAUAACACUUGUUUAAUGUUAAGAUUGUAAAUCAAGUCAUAAUCAAUGUUUUAUUAUGCAGAAUGAACAUAAUAUUUUAAAAAGUAGUCAAGAAACUGAUGAAAAAAAUGUGUUAUAUCUACAUGUAUCAGAGAAAUUGGUUUUGAAACAAGUGUAUUAUGUUCAAGAUAAAUGUCAUUAAGCAAUGUUUAUGAUAAAAUGUUGUAAACUUGUUGAUAAGAGAGGUCGCAAAUCUGCAUUGUUGUAAGAUAAUAGCCACUCUAGUUAUUGGUAGAUCUUAAAUCUUAUUUUAAAGGUGAAUACUUGUAGAAACAAAUGCUUGUAUCACGAAAGGAAAGGACAAAAGGUUGAAUUAUAAAUUUAUGGUGUGUUUAAGUUUCGUACAUGUUAUAUUCAUGUAGUAUGAAUGUUGAUUGAAAACAGGUGUUAUUAUAAUAUUAUUCCAGUAAAAAUCCAUUCGGGUCAUAUGUUAUCUAUACUUUGUUUGAUUGUUCACAUGUCACUCAUGAUAUAAAAAGGCGAUUGUCUUUUGGAUUUGAACUGUAUGGAUUUUGUUAUUAUUUUCAAUUAAUUAUAGAGUUACACUAGUUUAAACACCUAUCAUCAUACUUGAUAUCCAGACUGGUAGUAACUCAUAAUUUGUAUUCUAUUGAUGACUUGUUUACCAAACUGGCGUAACACCUCUCGAAAGUCCAGGACUACGCCAGUAUAGGAGUACUGAUUACAUAUUUCAUGUAUUUGAAAUACACGAUUCAAACAUUAUUGCUCCUUUAUAAGAAUAAAUGGUUUAAAUUUUAUACCAAAGUGUACAUCAACACUCUGUAUACAUUACAACCUCACAAGAUACGUGUAAGAGAGUGUCGAGAGAAUAAUGCUGCUCAUAAUGAAUGGAAAUGGAUUCUUUGAAGUUUUUAUAUACAUAUAUAUUGUCCCAUAUUUGCACCAGAGUAUAUAUGUUUAUUGUUUUAAAACUCAUGUACUUAAGAAUUCCCGUAUUUGCUCUUAGAUUGUAGAUAUCUCCAAUGCUGUAUAGUCAUUGAUAACAGAGUGAAGUGUUUUUUUAUUGAAAUUUCCUUAUUUUGUCUUAGUGUUGAAUGAUUUUUGAUGUUACGGUGUAUACAUGUUGUAAAAAUACCUUUCAUGGAUAAUGUUGCUUGAUAUACUUUUGUUAUAGAUUUGUACUUCACAUGUACUUGCGUGCAAUACCUAUUUUUCUAACAGGGCAAAUACUGGAAAAAAUCAAAUUAAACAAAAUUUGUAUAUACUUGCCAAAACCAUUGCAAGAAAUAAUACUGAAAAAAGAUAAUUAUUUAUCACAUGAUUAUAUUCAAUUUUUAAAUAUAUAAGUAUUGCUUGAAUAGAAAUUAGUUCACCUAACAUAAGAUAGUAUCAGUAUAAGCAAUGUUAUUCUGCAAUGAUCUAUAUUUGUUUCCGCACAUAUGAUAUUUAUACCAACUGUGGUAGAUUAAGGAUUGUUUGGGAUUCCGUUUUUUACUUUUAGAAUGUUAUGCUUGUCUGUUACACAGCGUAUGAAUCAUGUAUUGUAUAUAGAUCAGACAAAUAAAACUCCCCCACAACAUA